UUUUUGUUUCUCUAGGUUUAGUAUUUAAUCUCCAGGUAGUCUCUAUAGCUCUGCAGUCCUCGCCAUGAAGCCGCUAGAAUCUUGGCUAAUCAGGCUAACCUGUUUUAUUGUAUUGAAUUCAGUAAUGGGAAGUCAGGAAGACAUCUAUACCCGGAUAGAACGAGGGCAACUCAACUCUAUCAGAAUGAAGAAAGCUACAGGAGUAGAACUUCAACCAUAUAUAUCAGAGGUUCAGGAAGUCCAAAGACCUAAGAAGUGGUUGCGAGGCUAUUUAAGACUGCGGCAGCGAGAAGACGGAAUGGAAAAGUUUGUCAGAUCUCUGAGCAUCAAAUUAUCAGGAAUACUAACCAAAGAUCAACUUAUGGUUUGCUUGCAGAGCUGGAAUUGUGAUGAGGUGAUUAAUGAGAUGUAUGAUUACAUUCCCAACUACAACAAAAAUAACAUGGAUGAUGUAGCAAUUUCUAUGUAAAUGUUUACAAUAUCACAAAAAUAGAAACGAAUAUGAAAUGAGAGAGAUAUAGUGAGCCCCCCUGUUGCCCUCAGAAAAAAUGUAAAAGUUAUUUUUUGAUUAAUUUCGAAUUAAUGUAUAGUUUAUUAAAUGCUGAAUAUUUCAUAUAAAUCUAUAAUGUAUUUUACAACUAAAACGAAUUACUCAGUAAAUACAAACUGUUAAAACCAUUCUAAAUAAGAUCAAAUAAAAGCGGAUUUAAAAUCAUGA